AAACCUUGCUCGAAGGACGGACGAACGGACGGCCUCUGGGACUAGCAAGCUGCUUGGUUAUUGGUGGCCUCGGCGGCGUUCAUGGCGGCGACAACAACACCAAAACUUUCAGUAGUGACCCGCGUGCCAACAUGAAGCAAACAGUAAUAUGGCUGUAGGUGAAGUCAUACUUUGCUUAUUCCACAAUUAGUGCAUGCUUACUCACAACUUGGCCACAACGUGUAGCGUUCGUCAAUCAGAUUGAGAGAAAGACCAAGAGAAGGGCGGAGAAGCCACAGUCCCUCCUCACAACUACUGAUAUCAUAACCACCACCACCACCACCACCACCACCACCACCGUCACCACCUUCUCCACCACCUUCUCCACCACCUUCUUGGCUAGUAUUAGCAUCUAACCCUUCUGUUGUUGUCCCUCUUCUUGUUCCAAUUGUUCCAAUAUCCCCCGUGCCAUCCAACCCUUCAAAGGCUAUUUGGAUAGGGUGUGUUUUGCUUUUAUUCAAAGUGAGGCCGUAUACCAUCAUUUCGUGGCAAGUUUUCUCGUCGUUGCAUGAUCGACAAGUGAAUGUGUCACCGGAAAUCGGCUUUUACCAUGCACUUCGUCUUCGAUUACGACCUCACCGCCAUCAACACCAUCACUAAUACUUACACGCUGACGAGUCCACACAUGAUUUGAAUAGGGCUCUAUCGAAUCCAGAAAAGAAACGAGGCCUCCAAUCAAAGAGGGAAGAAAGAAAAAAAGGGAAAGAGAACGAGUGUGGUGUGUGUGAACGUGUGCGCAGUCGGCCCUCCGUCCUUCAUUCAUGUGUGCUCUCAUGUCCAAGGAAUUGGAUUGAAGAGAGAUUUCACUAGAGAUCCCAAUCCAUCCCAAUCAAGCGACAUCCAAAAGUGCUGUCACAUCGAGAAAUCGAGAAUCAUGGUGCUGCACCACAGAAAGGCCAGCCAAUAGUCCAACACAUCCAAAGUCCAGCGUGAUGAUCUUCAACGAGGGAUUGUGUCGUCUUUAUUUGACUCGUUCUUGUUAUCAUCAUUUGCGUUGAAGAAAACGGCCUUGCGGGGCUCACCCUUAACCGGUCUCAUCCUAUAGCAACAACAGUUAUGAACCUCCACGACCAUUUCUGCCUCCUUCUUCUCCUCUUCUUCUGCUCUUCUUCGUCUUAUAAUCAUCACCAUCAUCAUCAUCAUAAAAACUAGACACGGAUUGGCCUUGAAGGACAGACAGACACACAAAUCCCAUAGCUACAAGUUCCACAUUUGCCAUUGCUGUUGUUCCUCGCUCUGAACCUAUAAGGCUGGCUCAAGAAGGUGAAGAGGUCCGAGUUUUGGAAAUGAGCAUACGCCCAUCUGGUAGUUCCAUGAACGGGAAUCUUUCGAUCCUUGGGAAACAAUGCCGCUCAUCGAGUUCCAGAGCGAUUCCUCCCACCGUCAGACCUUGCCAUAGCUUCAUCCACAACCAACGAGUUGGUCGUGUCGUCUAAUUGAAAGUGUACCAACUCAAGAUGAUCUCUUAUUAACCCUCGUCUGUGGGGCUACAAUCAACCACAAGAGGUCCAAUCCCCGUUGCUUGGAUCCCUUGGAAAGGAUUUGUCCGGUUACCCAAGCUCAAACUUCUUCCCACUCAACACCAAAGACAACUAGCAAUCAGUUCAAGAAGAAGAAACAAGAACAUGACCUCUAUGCAGAUCAGAUAUGAAUUGGAAUGACAAAGGAACACAUAGAAGCAUUCUGCAUGAAUACUUUAGCACCAGGUGAUUGCGGUAGCUUUAGAAGCUCGCUGCGGCAGCUUUCCCGCUCAAAUCCCAUCAACACCUCCUGGAACGCUACAGCCCUGCACUCAACCGGCCCCACUACAGUCCCCGAUUCAAGCGUCGCAGCCACCAUCACGGCUGCACCCUCAGCCGUAUCGGCUCCCUUUGAUCCCCACGGCAUCUCAAAUCCCACCCUUCCUCCAGUCUCAAGAUUGGAAACCAGUCGUCUCCCCACGCCCGUGGAGGGAGGAGGCUCGUACACUCGAGGACGGCCCGACCCUGAGAUUCAGGAGUCCCCCAGCCGUAACCAUUUUCGUCACCCGCAGACGUCCGGAACAUCAUGUCGGAUAAUCACGGCGAGAAUGAUUCCGACAAUGGGCCGCCCAUUUUCAGACCCUUCACCCGGGAAGAAUUGGCCGCCAUCGAGGACACCAUCUACCAGAAGAAGAUGGCGGCCAAGAAGCGGGCGGAGCGAAAGGCCGCCAAUAUUGCGAAAUAUGGAGAUAACGCCCGAGCCCGCAAGCUCUAUGAUCAUGAUUCUGACGAUGAUGACGAUGACGACGAUGAUCUGGAGCCGAAUCCAAAGCUGGAGCCAGGUAAUGACCUUCCUCGACGCUAUGGCGAGUUCCCCUUGGAGUUUGCCAGCACUCCCAUUUGCGAUAUCGAUCCGUACUUCUACGACAAGAAGACGUUCAUUGUCAUAUCCAAAGGAGGCACGAUCUAUCGGUUCUCCGCGGACAAGGCUCUCUAUUUACUCUCUCCAUUCCAUCCCAUUCGGCGGAUUGCCAUUCAUGUCCUCACUCAUCCCAUGUUUUCCUUCUUCAUCAUUUGUACCAUCCUCGUCAAUUGUUACGUCAUGGUCAAGCCCGACACAGAAUAUACAUCUUCGACAGAAGUGAUAUUCACUGCCAUCUACACGUACGAAUCUGCGGUCAAGCUGUUAGCCCGUGGUUUCCUCCUUGAUGAUUACACAUAUUUGCGGGAUGCCUGGAACUGGCUGGACUUCUCCGUGAUAGGAAUGUCCUAUGUGACCAUUGCCAUCGAUCUAGGCAGUUUUUCGGCGCUCAGGACGUUCCGUGUGUUUCGAGCCUUGAAAUCCGUGGCUGUGAUACCCGGUUUGAAGACUAUCGUUAGUGCAAUUAUCUAUUCCGUCAAGAACCUCAGAGAUGUGAUAAUCCUGACCAUUUUCACCUUGGCCGUGUUUGCCCUUCUGGGCCUCCAGGUGUAUAUGGGUGUGCUCUCUCAGAAAUGUGUUUACAGCUAUCCGUUCAAUAACAGCGACCUUCUCGAGCAGUGGGGUAACAUCACAGAUGACUCGUGGAACAAGUGGGUCAACAACGAGACGGCCUGGUACGUGAACCCGGAUACAGACAACUUCAUCAUGUGUGGGAACUCUUCCGGGGCAGGCAAGUGUCCGGAAGGCACUGUAUGUCUAGUGGGCGUAGGUCCGAACCCAAAUUAUGGCUACACCAACUUUGAUAGCUUUGGGUGGGCCUACUUGUGUGCCUUUCGCCUCAUGACCCAGGAUUUCUGGGAGAAUCUCUAUCAAAUCACCCUCCGCACGGCAGGCCCUUGGCACAUUGUCUUUUUCAUGGUAAACAUUUUUCUGGGCUCCUUCUACCUAAUCAACUUGAUCUUGGCCAUUGUCGCCAUGUCCUAUGACGAGUUGCAACGCCAAGCUGAAGAGGAAGCUCAAAGGGAACUCGAAGAGCUGGAAGCCAUCAAAGAAGCCGAGGAAGCAGCCUUGGCUGAGGCCGAAGCCGCUGCAGCCGAGGCUGCCGAGGCCAUGGAGGGUCUCUUUGGGGGUGGUCCUAUAGGCGGGGACCUGGGAGACCCAGGGGGAGGCUCACCCGAUUCGGAAGACCCAAGUGGAGGUCAUGUGAUUGAUGUGGUGGCUGCGGCUGGUUCUUCCUUGUCACCAAGUCGAGAAUCCAUGUCUUCAACGAUGGCCAAGUAUGCAGUGGCUCGUGAUCCCAGCGCUCGCAGCGAUAUGUUUCGAAGCUAUGAUACCGGUGUGGACCAUCCUCAGGGCAAUGGUCACCCAAUCCUUCCCUCCUCAAGCGAUAUCGACAAUCAGGACCGCAUCAGUGUCCAAUCAGCUAUCGUAUACCGUUCCAUCGACAGUCUGGCCGGGAAAGGCAGUCUGGCAGGCGUCACCAGUGGAAGUUGCGCCGCAGGCGGCGCCUCUGUUGGUCCGGCAGCCUCCUCAGGGAAACUGACCAGUCUCCCAGCCUCCCCUUUCGUCCGACGAGCCUCCAAAAGUAAUUCCUUCAGUUCCCAUGUGCGACUUCACGAAAAAUAUGGCAACUCCAAAAAGCCACUUGUCCUCCUUACCUACCUUGAUGCUCAGGAGCACCUGCCUUAUGCUGAUGACUCAACUGCCGUCACGCCCAAAUCUGAACUCAAUGGCCUCAUCGUGGUGGACACGCCGACCCGGAUGAAUCUGGCCAGGAAGUUCUCGUACACCUCUCACACGGGCAAGGUGGACUCCUACACCUCUCACACCGACUUACAGUAUCACCCGUCCGGAAAUGGGGCUGCCUCCAAUACCAAGGAAAACACGCUGCGCAAGCGCAUGGCCUCACUAUUCUCAGAUAUGGGUCAGACACACCCAUCCAACAAGCCAUCCACUCCCAACUCCAUCCUCAUGGAACCCAUGUCGUCCAACCCGUAUGGCCCCCUCGGGUCCUGCCACAGCCCAAAGAGCGGGCCCAGUCUGGGAGGCUUUGGUGCCAACGGAAAAGACUCCGUCGACCUUCAGGAUGUGAUAGUUCUCAACAAUAUAAUUGAUCAAGUCAGUGAACGUCCCAUGAGCAAGACCACUGGUUUUGGCGCUUACAUGGACGAUGAUGACGACGAUGAUGACGAAGGUCCGAAAUUCAAAGAGAUCUGCGCCGAAUACACAAAGAAGAGCAUCAAUGUGGCUUGCAUCUGGGAUUGUUGUUGGCUUUGGCUUCGGGUAUCGGAAGUGAUGGCCUACUUGGUCUUUGAUCCCUUCACCGAACUCUUCAUCACCCUCUGCAUUGUGGUCAAUGUCGUCUUCAUGGCUUUGGACCAAUACAAUAUCGAAUAUGACUGGAAUGGGGGCAUGUCUCCGUUGCUGUCCAACAUGCUCACCACUGGUAAUUAUUUCUUCACGGCCAUUUUCGCUCUGGAGUCGUUCGUCAAGUUGGCCUCAAUGAGCCCAAGAUACUUCUUCAUGGAUGGAUGGAACUGUUUCGAUUUCCUCAUUGUGAUCCUCUCCCUGGUGGAGCUAUUGGCCGAAGGGAUCAAAGGGCUGUCCAUGUUGCGAUCGUUCCGUCUGCUCCGCGUGUUUAAGUUAGCCAAGUCCUGGAAGUCCCUUAACGAUAUCCUCACCAUCAUGGCGAACACGGUGGGCGCUCUCUCGAACCUGACGUUUGUCCUUUGCAUCAUCAUCUUCAUCUUUGCCGUCAUGGGGAUGCAACUCUUUGGCAAAGAUUACGUGGAGAACGUGUGCACGAAAUGGGAUUGUGAAAUGCCGCGAUGGAACUUCAUCGACUUCAUGCACAGCUUCAUGAUUGUGUUCAGGGUGCUUUGUGGAGAAUGGAUCGAGUCCAUGUGGGACUGUCUGUGGGUGGCGGGUCCAUCGUGUGUGCCUUAUUUCUUGGCCACGGUUCUGGUGGGCAAUCUCGUCAUUCUCAACUUGUUCUUGGCCUUGUUGCUCAGUAGUUUCUCAGACAUGGGAGGUGGAGCUGAGGAAGAGGAAGGAGAACCGGACAAGAUGGCCAUUGCUUUCGGACGCUUCGGUCGACUAAAGAGGUGGAUCAGUGGGUCAAUUGCAACCUUAUUUCGCUACCUUAAAAACGGACGUGUUCGCUCUGGCGGAAGUGAAGACGGGCGCGAUCCAGACAUCGCUCUGGAAAUAACCGAAGAGAAGGACUUCGCAGGCGAAAAUGGAGACCUGAAGAAUCGCGGCCUCAAAGUGGACAUCAAUCAUGUGAGCAUUCCAUUAGGCGAGAAGAGCAACGCCGACUUUCCGGAUAGUUCGAUAGGCGAGGGCAUGGAUAUCACGAUCCAGGGAGCCAAUGGACACGUCAAACUCAAGACCGACGCUGCCAGUAUACGCUCGUACACAACUUCCGAGAAGGAACUCAAUGCCAGCACCAACGGCGGGGUCAAGGUCGACAACUUGGCUUUGCCCAAUAUCGACGAUAAACUCGGCUAUUCCUCCGACAUGAGCAUUGGCCGUGGAAUGGACAUUUCCAUCCGAGGCGAAGGCAACGACAACGAGAACAAGGAGUUCUUCGACGACGAAAACAAUUGGGAGGUGAACCACAACGGCAGCCUCAACUACGGAAGUCAUGAUAACAUCAAUAAAUACGACACCAACUCGGAGAAACACGCUCUCGAGGACCAGAUCACAUACGACGACGAGAUUUCCAUUAAACAUGUCCCAGAGCCCAUAGUUGAUCCGAUUGACGAGGUCGAGGUGGUGGAAUGUUGUCCAGACAUUUGCUAUCGGAUCUGUCCUUGUUGCAUUGGCGAUCCAGACUCACCCUUUUGGCAAUUAUGGUAUCGCCAUAGGCUCCAAGUGUCAAGAUUGAUCGAGAACAAAUACUUCGAGACCGUGGUUCUGGCGCUCAUCUUGCUGAGUAGCUUCGUGAUGACCUUGGAGGACAUCUGGUUCGAUACCAAGCCUCUGCUGGUGGACACUCUCUACUACCUGGACAGGAUCCUCACUGUCGUGUUCUUCCUCGAAACCACGCUCAAACUGUUCGCCAUGGGGUGUGUCAUGUACUUUGGCAACGCCUGGUGUUGGCUCGACUUUGUGAUUGUGGCUGUGUCCCUGGUGAACUUCGGAGCCAGCCUUUUAGGAGCGGGUAACAUUCCCAUUUUCAAGACUAUGAGAACCCUGCGUGCCUUACGUCCCCUUCGUGCCAUGGCCAAAAUGGAGGGCAUGAAAGUGGUAGUCAAUGCCCUGGUCGGGGCUCUUCCAUCCAUCUUCAAUGUGUUGCUCGUUUGUUUGAUCUUCUGGUUAAUAUUUGCCAUCAUCGGGGUCAACAUGCUCAUGGGAAAGUAUUACAAAUGCGUGGACGAGGCCACCGGUGAAAAAUUCAGUCACGAGGUCAUUCCCAACAAGACCGUGUGCUACACGGAGAAAGGAGCCGUUUGGGUCAACUCGAGGAUCACUUUCGACAACGUCUUCAUUGCCUACUUGUCCUUGCUCCAAGUGGCCACUUUCAAAGGCUGGCUGGACAUCAUGAACGAUGCCAUUGAUUCCGUGGGUAUUGGCGAACAGCCCCAUCGGGAGGUCAACAUCUACAUGUACCUCUACUUUGUGUUCUUCAUCGUUUUCGGCAGCUUCUUCACCUUGAAUCUUUUGGUGGGUGUGAUCAUUGACAAAUUCAACGAGCAAAAGAACAAGGGCGGGAGCUCCCUAGACGCGUUCAUGACUGAAGAUCAAAAGAAGUACAUUGCUGCGAUGAAGAAGGCAUCAACGAAAAAGCCAAUGAAGGCUCUUCCCAGACCAACCUGGCGUCCUCAGGCCAUUGUUUUCGCCAUUGUCACAAAUAAGAAGUUUGACAUGAUCAUUAUGGGCUUCAUCGGUUUGAACAUGUUAACAAUGAUGUGCGACCACUAUCAUCAGAGCUCGGGUUGGACAUUCGCCUUGGACAAUCUCAAUCUAUCCUUCAUCGUCAUCUUCACCUCGGAGAUGUGCCUCAAGAUGUUCGCUCUCCGUCACUUCUACUUUGCAGAACCGUGGAACCUGUUCGAUUUCGUCGUGGUCCUCCUCUCUUUGGCGGGCCUGUUCUUAAGUGACCUUAUUGAGAAGUACUUCGUCUCUCCUACGCUCCUCCGCGUAGUUCGUGUGGCCAAAGUAGGCAGAGUCUUGCGUCUAAUCAAGGGUGCGAAAGGCAUUCGGACGUUGCUGUUCUCCCUGGUGAUGGCCUUUCCGGCCUUGGUUAACAUCUGCUUGCUUCUCUUCCUGGUCAUGUUCAUCUUUGCUGUGUUCGGCAUGUCCCUAUUCAAAAACGUCAAGAUCCGCCCAGGAUUCGACGACGUUCAUAACUUCCAAACCUUUGGCAAGACAUUCACACUCUUAUUUCAGAUGUGCACGUCAGCAGGAUGGUCAGAUGCUCUCAUGGCCAUCACGAAUGACAAGAACUGUGAUCCACCCAACGAGGAGACCGGUUACUCGGGGAACUGUGGCAGCAACAUGGCUGGCGUGGCCUUCAUGACUUUGUACCUCGUGCUUAGUUUUCUCAUCAUUGUCAACAUGUACAUUGCUGUGAUCCUCGAAAACUACUCCCAAGCCACCGAGGACGUUCAAGAGGGUAUCACCGACGAGGAUUACGAUCUGUUCUACGAGAUCUGGCAGGAGUUUGAUCCUGGCGGUACUCAGUACAUGCCGUACAAAUCACUCUCUGAAUUCCUCGAGGUCUUAGAGCCCCCUCUUCAGAUCCCCAAGCCGAAUAAGUUCAAGAUCAUCCAUAUGGACAUUCCAAUAGUCCGAUAUACGAAUGCAGAGGGCGAAGUCCUGGAUAACAUGGUGUUUUGCGCAGACAUUCUGGACGCCCUUACUCAAGACUUCUUUGCUCGGAAGGGCAAUCCCAUCGAGGAGCCUCCGCACGUUGAUGAAAUCAAGGUGACCACUUUCGCUGACCGCCCUGGUUACCAAAGGAUCUCGUCCACCCUUUGGAAGCAACGUGAGGAUUAUUGCGCCUCGCUCAUUCAGAAGGCUUGGAAAUUCCACAAGCUUCGCAACACGGAAAGCCACACAGAGGAACCUCACACCGACGACGAGAUGAGCCAGUUGAGUGAUCUGACCAAUCGCGACUCCACGAGUCAGCCCAUAAUUGGUCCACCUUCCACAGUGGUGAAGCUACCCGCUUUGGACAAGAAACAUUUAAUCGAGGUCCGAAGUGCAGGGAAAUUGGGCGAUCAAGACGAGGACGACAGUAGUGAUAUUGCGAGUGCGUCUGCAACCGCUCCGGCACGCUCCAAAGACAAGAAGAAGUCUUGAGAGAUCUCCCCUGGCCUUCCCCUUUAAACUGCGGAAGGACUGAAGGCCGUCUGAGCCAGCUCUCGAACCACCAGUGAUAACGAGUCAAAGACGAGCCGCAUCGGUCCGACACUUGGCAAAGAUUCGAGUCCUCCGAGCCACACUCACUUGCUAAUGUUUCGAAUGCUAAUAUUCUCUAAUUACCUCUACCGAAAGAACAAUCAUGGUACUAGGCUUUGGACCUCGUUGCCCUUGUAAAUCCGUCUCUUCAAACUCGCAGAAGAUUUUCCUUAAACUUUCUCCGCUUAACCCCCGAAUAGUUCGUUAUCCAAUCAACCAGCUGCUCAAACGUACUGCUCGAAAUGGAAAGAAAACAUCCGGCCGAAGGGGCACAUUCAAAAAUGGGGAAGAGAGACAGCAAAUAAUGUCCAUGUUUGUGAAAUUUUUGACCGUCCGUUGAGAUCCCCACGAGAAGUAUGAAACCCACCACUCAUAGGUCGGUCAGUGUACAUCUCUCACACACUCUUUUCUUAUCGCAACCGAAAAAAAACACGCUCAAACCAAACCAAUCACCAUAACCACGAGGAAUGCCUCCCCGUCCUGCCCCAGGUCUGCUAUAUCAACUAAGCGCCCUUUUGCCCGCGCUCCGCCUCUUGUUCCUUCCCAGAAUUCCAGAGCUCGCUCUUCGCUUCCCGCGCCCCCUUUCCGGCUUAAGACGCCACCUUAUAUUUCGCUACCACUUCCCCACCAAGGCCUCACCAACGACGUUGCUUGUGAAUCCAGGACAUGACUUGUCACGCCGGACAACCCUUCCUCUGAAUCCUCCCAUCCCCGCCAUCACACCGCCAUCUCAAUUUAGUUACUGGAGAUCUCAGCAGUUGGAUCAAGUGCCUUAACCGUUGGGUUCCAACCCGCCCAGUUCAAUCAAGCUUGACCUCAAUUAACUAAGAACGAUGAGCGGGAUUCUUAGACGGAUAUGAAACUGAACCGGCUCUCCCAAUCCUCGAUCAGCCCUCACUGCUUAGAAGGCGACAUUGGCUGAUCGAGACUAUGAGGAAAACUAGUGAUGUGACGACCAGUUAGUUCGAGACGGGAAGAACCGAGACAUUUCUUGCAAAGAUGAGACUUUUGAAAUGAAAUGUCUCUGACAUACAUGGUGUGUUGUAGUGUUGAUAAUGGACAACAAUCCAGGGGGAAAACAAUUGUAUGAACAAUUGUCUGGUGUAACUGAAAAGGACUAAUGAUGUUGUCUCGACCUUUGAAGGUCCCUCCAUCCAGCGAAAGAAAUGCAAUCCGUCUGGCUUUAAGAAUGAUAAAUCAAGUAAAUGAUGCUCCCCCUAUUAUUUGGGAGCAUCCCCAAUCGUCAAAAUAUACCCGCCUAUGUUUCGUCGUCGUCCUUCUCGAUCCCGGGUUCCGGGACAAAAUCCCCGCCUCUUUCUCACUAACUUUCUCUAACAGGCCUACAUAACAUCCAACACUUUUUCCCUCUGUACAACGUUGUGUCUCACAUUUUGAAAAAUCAUUUCUUUUCCACUCUGCUAAGAACACCUUUCCUUAAUUCUGUAACACCAAUUACUUCUCCGUUUAAGACAGCUUCGACUGCUCCUGCGUCUAGUGGUACUGCUACCAUCAUUACCACCACUACUACUACUUCUAUUACUACUACAGCUACAACCAUCAUUCUUAUCAUUGUAAUUGAUGAAACCAUAAUGCUGCAAUUAUUGCUCUUUUGUGACGAGGAUCCUGAUGAUCCCCGCUCUGAUUAUUGCAAACACGCCCCAACAACUGAUAUGUCCAGUACGUCCUACUUCUGCGAUUACUGCAACCGUAACUAAUCCUGCUACCAUUGAAUACAAACCGCAGUAGCAUUCAAAGUUCCAGUUAAAAAAACCAAAGUGAAAAACAAUCAAAUUUUUCAAGUUCGCUACUUCUUCGGUCUCUUUUCUUCAGACAAUUGCUAACUACACACCCGUUUCUCUCGCGCUCUCCACCACCUACUUUCCAUGAUACGCCCACCAAACUCCCCUUUCAUUAGUUCAUUCUCGCGAUAUUUGAUUUCUUGACCGACAAUUUGCCCAAGACGAGCACAAACGUACGCACACACGGUUUUGUCUGAAGAAACCAUGUCGCAGACCACACAUUUCUAGCCAGAGCAAGCCAGAUAUUAUUAUUGGUCAAUGGGAUCCAAUCUUGCCCGGUUUGGGUUUCAUUGACCUCCAGAUUCAUUUCAGACGCAGUAAGCCAAGAUUCCACUCGAUUUCCACUCAUAACUUCAGCAGCUAAACCCUUUUUUUCUCAAUUCUCCACAAGUACGUGAUCCCGAUCAUCCUGGCUUCUUUCCUUGAACACUUGUCAACAUCAUUACCAUAAUUAUUACAACUAUUACGCAACCCAGUUAUCCUUAGCAAUUGUGUGGCUUUACUAUCCUCAUCCCAACAUCAAAUGUGCUAACGUGGUGCGUGAAGAACUCCUGGCAACUCGGUCGCAAAACCUCAAGAUCGCGGAUGAGCGACAAAAAUCACAUCAUCCCAAGUGGACACCAGUGUGCCCACCCAGUAUGUUUCGAGACGAGCUUACCAUGGACAACUUCUUGCUCACUUUGUGUCGUCAUAUAAUUAUUACCUUACUUUGACCAUUACUACAACUAUCAUUAUAACUACAGUUAUGACAAUCAAACAUUACAAAAUGGCAUGAGGCAA